GAUAAAUGAGCUGGAGGGUUUUUCUUUUCUCUUCCUGAAUCUGACUAAUUCAGCUUUUUUCAGAUUGGUGCAGCAGGGGUGGAGCCAUAACAAUGCAGCAGGUAACAGCCGAGCCUUUAAGACCUGCAGCCUUGCUGGAAUCUGCUCCCAUCUUCCACGCCCCCUCCAGCUCCAUCCUAUCCAUGAUUGAGGAAGAGUUCCUUGAGGCUGUGGUGUGCGGCAACGUUCCUGAGGUGAGGCGGAUGCUGGACGAGCUGCCGGACCUCAACGUCAACAGCGUCAACUUCAUGGGUCAGAAUGCCUUGCAGCUGGCCGUGUCCAACGAGCACUUGGAGGUCACUAAACUCCUCCUGGAGAGGAAGGAGUUAACAAGGUUAGGGGAUGCGUUGUUGAUAGCUAUCAGUAAAGGUUACGUACGCAUAGUGGAGGCCAUCUUGAGCCACCAGACCUUUACAGAUUUUCAGAGGUUGACUUCUAUGCCCAGUCAGGUGGACAUACACCAUGACCUCUUUGCUUAUGAUGAGAAUGGCAGCCUUUUUUCCAGUGACAUCAGUCCCAUCAUCCUGGCUUCUCAGUGCCACGACUAUGAGAUAGUGCACUUGCUUCUCGCCAGGGGGGCUCGGAUUGAGUACCCCCACCACCACCUGUGCCAGUGCACCACAUGCAGCGAGCAGCAGGCACAGGACUCCUUCAGACACUUGCAGUCACGCAUGAACGCCUACAAAGGUCUCGCCAGUCCGGCUUAUCUGUUGCUGUCCAAUGAAGACCCUGCAAUGGCGGCGCUGGAGCUCAGCCACGAGAUGGCAGUCUUGGCCAACACUGAGAUGGAGUUCAAGAACGACUACAAGAAACUGUCGGUGCAGUGCAAAGACUUCAUGGUGAGCCUCCUGGACAUGUGUCAGAACACUGAGGAGGUUGAGGCCAUGUUACACGGUGACUCGCCUGACAGCGUGCAGAACCUCAGCAGGUUAAAACUUGCGAUAAAAUAUGAAGUAAAGAAGUUUGUGGCCCACCCAAACUGUCAGCAGCAGCUCCUAUCCAUCUGGUACCGGAACGUGUCUGCACUACGUCAGCAACCCACGGCGGUGAAGAUCCUCCUGGUCCUCGGGGUCACCCUUGGCUUGCCCCUUCUGGCCUUUGGAUCCUGGAUUGCACCAUCAAGCAAGUUAGGCAAGCUCAUGAGCGGACCUUUUCUAAAGUUUGUAGCACAUGCUGCCUCCUAUGUGGCGUUCCUGUGCCUGCUGGUAUUGAACGCAUCUGACCGCUUCAACGGGCCGCCGCUGCUGCCCAACAUGACCGCCCACGAUCGCCCCUCGCAACUGUUCCGCAUGAAGACCACUCCUUUCACCUGGAUGGAGAUGCUCAUCAUAACAUGGGUUCUAGGGAAAAUGUGGAAAGAAUGCAAGGACAUUUGGUCGCAGGACAUCAGGGAAUACAUCUCAGAACCUUGGAACCUUCUUGACUUCAAUAUUUUGGCCAUUUUCACCAGCUCCUUCAUUGCUCGACUGAUGGCGUUCUGGCACACAUAUGCUGCUCAAUGCUACGUGGAUGAGCAGCAUGCUAACCUGUCCAGCUUGUCCUUGCCCUCAGACAUCCAGUACUUUCAACUCGCUCGAGAGAACUGGUUGCCGUCAGAUCCGCAGCUCAUUUCCGAGGGCCUUUAUGCCAUCGCGGUGGUGCUGAGCUUCUCUCGCAUCGCCUACGUCCUGCCUGCCAACGAGAGCUUUGGCCCCUUACAGAUCUCGCUGGGAAGGACGGUGAAGGACAUCUUCAAAUUCUUGGUGAUUUUCAUCACCGUGUUUGUGGCGUUCAUGGUGGGAAUGUUCAACCUUUACUCGUACUACCUCGGAGCGAAGAAAAACAACGCCUUCACCACGCUGGAGGAAAGUUUUAAAACUCUCUUCUGGGCCAUCUUCGGCCUGUCGGAGGUGAAGUCUGUGGUGAUCGAUAUCGACCACAAGUUCAUUGAGAACAUUGGCUACGUUCUGUAUGGCGUCUACAACAUCAUCAUGGUGAUCGUCUUGCUGAACAUGCUCAUUGCCAUGUUCAACAGCUCCUUCCAGGAGAUCGAGGGUGACGCUGACGUGGAGUGGAAGUUUGCCAGAGCCAAGCUGUGGUUCUCCUACUUCGAGCACGGCAGCUCACUGCCUGUUCCCUUCAACCUGCUACCCAGUCUCGGCUUGCUGCAGGGACUCAAAAAAUCUCUCUGGGACGCACGCGGUGGUAAAAUCAGAGAAGAGAUGUUGGCUGAUGAAAUGGAACGUAACAAGUUGAAUCAACAAGAAGAGUCCAGAAUGGACACACCCGUUUGUCCCACACAUCAUCAAAAGAUAAUGAAGCGCCUCAUUAAAAGACACAUCUUAAAAGCACAGCGCGAUAAAGAAAACGACGAAGGCAAUGAAGGUGAAGUGAAGGAGAUCAAGCGGGACAUCUCCGGCCUGCGCUUUGAGCUGCUGGAGAUGAGGAAGCAGGAAGUGAAGACCCUGGUGGAGGUCAUCAGGCAGUUGGGUGAAAUCACACAUCCUCACCUUUAACCUGGGAACCAAUCAUUAGUUGGCAUGUUAGCAGAUUCAGGGACACUUCAUUGGGCACACAAACAUAAUGCUGACUUUUAAUUAACAGUGUCAAAAUGAAGGACUUUCAAUGAAUGUUUGUGAAUGUGAAUGUUUGUUUACAAGUGAAUGUUUGUUUACACGUGAGGUCAGGGGAAGUUAAAACAGAAAAAAAGGAGCACUUGAUUUACUCAAUCUCACCUCAUUGAAGCCUUUUUUUUUAAAUGAUCGGUUGUCAAGUUAUUUUUAAUGUUAUUAGAUUUAUCGGUAUAAUGUCAUAAUUCCCUCAUAUCAGCCCAAUCAUUACAGUGCACUCCUACUUUUUCCCAGUGGCUAACACGCUAACAUUGCUAACACGUGGCUUGCAUAGCACACACAGACCCCUUAAGUCUCCAAAAGUCUGAACACAUUUUCUGCUUUAAACGCAUCUUGUAAUUUCAAAUGGCACUUUUUAAAUGCGCUGAACACGCUUUCCUGCACAAGACACAACAAUCUGAUAUAAGGUCACACAGCGAGAACCACAUAGUGAAGUUGAAGUCCCCCAGCAAAACAAGCGAAUCUCCCGAGGUGCUCACCUAAAACUUGUUUGUCAUGGGUGAACCUACCAGGGACAUAAAAGUCCCCGACAACUUAGCUCCGAGGAUCAUCGGGACACACAAACUCCUCUACCAUGAUAAAGUGGUAGUGAGCAAUUAUGUGUGAUUAUGUUUGUUUCCAUAUUGAAUUGAAUUAUGAAUGAUAUCAGCUACUUUGAUUACCUGUAAACUUUGAAAGUGUGAAUGUGAAAUACUAAUCAUCAGCUAUAGCUAUUCUGUCACAUGCUAAUAUUUUGGAGCUACAACUUAGGUGUCUGAUGA